CUGAUGCAAAGCUGCGUGUCUGGGUCUGAGUGGAUACCACCGGCGGACGCCUCUGGAGUUUGAUACCUUGUUUUGAACCAAAGUCUCUCGUUUACCGUACUCAGCGACACCUGGACUGACAUGGCGACGGAGAUAACUAAAGGUUUGGAGGAAGUCUCAGUUGGUGAGCUGUACGUGUCAGACAAAAGCGGCAAUGACCAGGAUGGAGAUGGCUCACAGCAGAAACCCUUCAAAACUCCCCUCAAAGCUCUGAUGUUUGCUGGGAAGGAGCCUUUCCCCACCAUCUACGUAGACUCACAGAAGGAAGGAGAGCGUUGGGCUGUGAUCUCUAAGACUCAGAUGAAAAACACAAAGAAGGCCUUCAACCGUGAGCAGAUGAAGAACAACACCAAGGACAAGAAGGAGGCAGAGGACAACGAGAGGAGAGAGAAGAACCUGGAAGAAGCCAAGAAGGUCAUCAUCGAGAAGGACCCCAGCCUGUCCGAUCCUGCCCCGGUUAAAAUCCGUCAGCUGGAGGCAAAGAGAGGUCAGAGAGUCAAAGUCUUCGGAUGGGUUCAUCGCCUCAGAAGACAGGGGAAGAACCUGAUGUUCAUUGUUUUGAGAGAUGGAACUGGUUUCCUGCAGUGUGUCCUGUCUGAUAAACUGUGUCAGUGCUACAAUGGCCUGGUGUUGUCCACAGAGAGUACUGUGGCUCUGUACGGCAUUGUUACUCCAGUCCCUGAAGGAAAAAACGCGCCUGGAGGCCACGAGCUGCACUGUGACUUCUGGGAGCUGAUUGGCUUGGCUCCGGCAGGCGGCGCCGACAACCUGGUGAACGAAGAGUCGGACGUCGACGUCCAGCUGAACAACCGACACAUGAUGAUCCGAGGAGAGAACAUCUCCAAGAUCCUCCGAGUGCGAUCCACCGUGACGCAGUGCUUCAGAGACCACUUCUUCGACCGCGGAUACUACGAGAUCACUCCUCCAACCCUGGUGCAGACUCAGGUGGAGGGCGGCUCCACGCUGUUUAACCUCAACUACUUUGGAGAGCAGGCAUACCUGACGCAGUCCUCCCAGCUGUACCUGGAGACCUGCAUACCUGCUCUGGGUGACACCUUCUGCAUCUCACAGUCGUACCGAGCCGAGCAGUCCCGCACCCGCAGACACUUGUCCGAGUACACUCACGUGGAGGCCGAGUGUCCCUUCAUGUCAUUUGACGACCUGCUGAACAGACUGGAGGACCUGGUGUGUGACGUGGUGGACAGAGUGCUCAAAUCCCCCGCUGGUGAGCUGCUGUACGACAUCAACCCGGACUUCAAACCCCCCAAGAGGCCGUUCAAGAGGAUGAACUACACCGAAGCCAUCGAUUGGCUCAAAGAGCACAACAUCAAGAAGGACGACGGCACCUUCUACGAGUUCGGAGAGGACAUCCCCGAGGCUCCAGAGAGGCUGAUGACGGACUCCAUCAAUGAGACCAUCCUGCUCUGUCGUUUCCCCGCUGAGAUCAAAUCCUUCUACAUGAUGCGCUGCCCCGAGGAUAGACGCCUCACCGAGUCGGUUGAUGUGUUGAUGCCAAAUGUGGGCGAGAUCGUUGGAGGCUCCAUGCGUAUCUGGGAUGCUGAGGAGCUGUUGGAGGGAUACAAGAGGGAGGGUAUUGACCCAACCCCGUACUACUGGUACAAUGACCAGAGGAAGUAUGGCACAUGCCCCCAUGGUGGUUACGGUCUGGGUCUGGAGCGUUUCCUCACCUGGCUCCUGAACAGACAUCACAUCAGAGACGUCUGCCUGUACCCAAGAUUCAUCCAGCGCUGCCGACCCUGAACACACACACACGCGCACACACGCGCGCACACGCACACACUGUCAGUAAACGUGGGCCUGACACGUGGCAGCACUCCGUGAGCCAUCACAUGUCUCACUACAAUAUUCCAAUAUAUUUUCCCUAUGGCAGUUUCAUUUUCAGUAACAGACCUCAAUUCUGAAGUUAAAAUCUCAAGAUGCCAUCGCAGACAGUUAAACACCCACCACCACCUGCUGCACUCAGCCCCCCUGACUCUUAUAUCCUGCCGCUUUAAAACUACAUCUGAUCAUUUCCACCUCUGCUCAUGCUCUUUGGCUGAUUAUUGAAACAGUAAUAAAAUCAGGGCAGUUUCUUCUUCUGAAAAAAAAAAGAAUGUUUUACAUGCUGUUUAAUUAACCUUUAGAAACCUUUUUUUCUACCAUAUUUAUUAUAUUCAAAUUGUCCAUAGUUCAAAUUUAAAGCCACAUAAAUCAAACAUCUAUAUCUUAAUGUUUGAAACAUCACACAGAAAGUUACAGGACUUAGUUACACUAAAAAAGCAUUAAGGUCAAAUGUCUUGCUUCAGUAACAGCAGCUAUAUAUAAUGAUUUUUAAUGAUUAGUUAUUUCCUGUAACUGAUGUUUGUUGUGUUGUAAUGAGCUUUCAAAACAUCAGAUACUCAAAAUAAUUGUCCAAAAAAAUGCUUUGCCAAACACACACACUUCUCAUCAUUGUACUUGAGGACCAUCAUUCUGACUCUGUCUUAGCAGCUGAGUAAAACUUCUUUCUGUCAGUGAUUGGAUCAGAAUUCAAUCGCAAAAAAGAUUUUGUGCACUUUUCAUGUAUCCUAGAACAUAUAACUUCCUUACUGAAAUAAAGAGAAAGAGAGAGAGAGAUGUGCCGGGAAAUCAAAGGUAGGGUAGCAGCCUAUCUUCAGUGGUGUAGAAAUAUCAGAUUUUCAUCUUUUUGUUCUGCCUUGUCUUCUGAAAUAAACUACACAUGCAGAAAA